GUGGUUACAUUACAGGAUAUAAAAGAUUUAGUUCUUUAUACUGCACCCGUAAAUUUUCUGAGCGUAAGGCUGAUAAACAGGGUGCAUACUGCAACAUCGGACAGAUUUCUCAGGGCACUUGUUCUUUAUUGUGCCUACCAAAUACAGGUACAGAAAUCCUUUGUCCAUUUUUUAUUUAAUAUAACUAGUCUUAGAAUAUGCCACAGGAGAAAGCCCACUCCUUAUGUUAAGUUCUAAAAAUUAUAUGUUUAUUGUUUAGAUAGGGAACGAAAUGGAGAAUCGUAAUGUGGAACUCUUGACUAAAGUGAAAACUCCCGCUGGUGAAAGAUUGGAGGAAGAGUACCGUGAAAAUAUAGGUGAUAUAAGAAUACUGCUAGCUAAGGAAUAUUGCACAAUGCUUGUUGGUGCUGGAGACCAAAAGGCAUACCAUCAUAUGGGCCCACUAAAGAAGCGACGUUCGUUGCUUGCAAAAGAUGCUCAAACAUUUGAAGCGUACAUACGAGUAAGCGUGCAAGUUGUUUAUUUGGCGCUUGGACGAAGACACUAUCAAGAAAUAGCUCCAGAGGAAAUUAUGGCAGAUAACAAUAUCGCUAUAGGUAUAAUUGGAAUGGCUCGCACAAAAUUCGAUACAAUGCUUAGAAUUCUCCCACCAGCACCGGCGACUGACGGAAAAUCAAGAACAAUGUCGCAAAUCUUCAGUAAACAGAGUGCAAUGAUAAUGAGGAAAUCUCUUAGUACGUUGAAGAAGGGGUUGUAUCCUGAAAUUGCUAUACCUCCGAAGGACUCCAUAGAGUUAAUAUUCGUUAUUCUCCAUAAAUUAUAUUCUUGACUUAAAUAUUCUCUAGGAUAUAGUGUAGUAAUAAUUAUGAUUUUUCCAUAAUUUACAGGACCACCAUGCCAAAAGGUUUCGUUGAAGAGCCAGAGGAUUUAAACCCAGUGAAUGACGUUCAACGCCGUGUCUGGCAAAAUAGGUUUAAGUCAAUGAUGGUCUUGUUGACCCAACGUCGAAGACGCUAGAUUUACGUGUACGUAGUCUAAGGAAUGUGAAUAGUUUUAACGACCACCUUAGAAAUAAAGCGUAACACUUACGAUUUAAA